UUGUUGUGGAAGUGAAAUGAACGAACGAUGACGCCGACAACGAAAGGCCAGUAGUUGAAGUAGUCUACUCCCCCCGGCCGGACCACCCGCUUGUUCAACACCCAAAAACACAAAUGUUCGAUGCCAUCAAAGCUGCAAAGCCCCACCGCAACUCCCGGGCAUGCCACAAACAAGACAAUUCCCGAGAUUCAAUCCCCGAACACUGGAAAUUGCAUGCCGAAUUCUCCAACCAGUUUCACUUGCGAAAGCAAACAGCUUCCAUUUUCAUUUCAUUUUCAACAGUCGACAGUUGUCGGUCGAUAGCUGGAAACGCGUUCCGAACGACCGUUAAAAUCAAAAGUUAUUCCCUCGCAAUUCCCCAAAAAGGAAAACCAUAUCGCCAAAACAUGAAAGAAGCCGAUCUGGAAAAGCAAUAUGCCCAAUUCCCGGAAAUCAAGCGAUCAGAAGUCCAAAAAUUUGUCGAUUGGAUACAUGUUCAGCCUCACAUUUCGGCACAUUUUUCGGAGGCCGAGGCUCUACAUUUCUUCUAUGCCUGCCGUUACAGCAUGGAGGUGGCCAAACAGGUCCUCGACAUAAAUCUAACAGCCCGCACCCAUUUGGAUGAGUUUUUUGUGAAUCUGGAUUGCGAGAGAACGGAAAUCAGAAAAGCCAUGAAAACAGUUUCUGUUGUACCAUUGCCUGGUGCUACACCUGAAGGAUAUCGUGUUAUUAUUGGCAAACUCGAUGAUCUGAAUGCCUCAAACUUUAACUAUGCAGAUUGCAUGAAAUUAUAUUGCAUGAUAUUUGACUAUUGGAUGUACGAGGAUGGCAUACAACCGGGCCAUGUUAUAGUAAUCGAUCUGAAGGGUUGCUCCCUGGGUCAUGUGGCACGCAUUGGUUUGCUUCAGAUGAAGAAGUUUCUCUUCUACUUGCAGGAAGCGGCUGCUAUACGUCUGAUUGGUUUCCAUUUUAUCAACAUUGUUCCGUUUAUGGAUAAGAUAAUGGCUCUGAUGAAUCCGUUUAUGAAAAAGGAAUUGACCAAUAUAUUGUAUUUACACAAUGACAUUAAUGAGUUUUAUAAAUUUGUGCCACUCGAAAUGUUACCCAAGGAUUACGGUGGACCACUGGAAGAGGCCAGUGUGGCAAAAGAAAUUUACUACAAAAAAAUGCUUGACGAUCGCAAACAAAUGCUUGAAUUUGAGACUCGACAUCAGGUGAAUGAGAAACUAAGACCCGGCAAGCCAAAGAACGCUUCAGAUUUAUUUGGAAUUGAAGGAAAUUUUAAAAAACUGGACAUUGAUUAACAAGUUCACCUCCUUUUUUUGUUUGGUUAUAAAUAGGACAUUGUUUUUCUUGAGUUUUUGGUUUUUUUUUUUCGAGGUGUUUGCUUUAAUGAUUAUUACUUUUAGUUUCCACUAAUGAAAUGAGAUAUUGAAUUUGUUUUGUAAAUUAAACAUUUAAUAUUUACGUUUAAACGUUGUUGUAAUCGUUGGAACAUACAUAUUUUCAGUUGAAGUUUUA